AUGACAUUUGUACGGCUUAUGAAUGAGGUCUUAAGAGGUUAUCUGGAUGAGUUCGCCCAGGUGUAUUUGGACGAUAUUGUUAUAUUCUCCGCAAACCAGGACGAACACCGAUACAUGAACACUGACAAGGUUGUGGAGAUGUUGGAAAAGCGGGCUGAGCCGCUCCUUUGGGCAGCUUACUGCCGGGGGUGGGCCGACCGGACCGCCGACCUGGUCAAAACACUUAGCUCCUCGGCGGCGAGGUCGCCGGGUACACCAUCAACGGCGAAGCCACCACGCCCGUCGACAUACCAGCGGUUCCCAACCACCAAGGCAACGGGUUCGGGGCGCGUGAGGGCGGCUACCGGCACAACGACGGCCACCCUUACCACACCGGCUACCAAGACCAAAACACCUCCACAACGGCAACCCACCCGCCCCGCAUCGACACAACGGGACAUAACUUGGGUGAGGCCGGCUCCGGGACGUCCAUUAGUCCCGAGGAUGCCACCAGCAGACCCACACCCACCGACGACGGAGUGGACGGGGAUGCCAAGCCGCGUGGCGUACAUGACCGCCUGCCGACACCACCACCUGCACCUCCCUCCGACAAGCCAGGACCACUGGAGCCCUGGCCCAAGGCCAUCAAACCGACAAAGCCUACAGCCACAACAUCGACGCGGUCGGCAGAACGGGCCAAGGAGCGGAACAUCAGCGGCAGAGGAGACUGCGGGCAAAAGCCGAAAGGGAAGUUUCGAGUCAGCAGUACCGGCUGACGAAGGUGACCCCCUCGGCUAAGUCGGCCACCGACCCGGAAGACCGGGAGUUGGUGCAGGUGUCAGCACCGGUGCCAGGUGGUUCCGCCCAGGAACACCAGCCGGAGCAAGACACCAACCCGGGGGAGGCGAUGGAGGUCGAUGACCGAAUCCUCGAUGAACCCGUGUCACCACUCACAAUAUUCCCGGUCAUCGUGGAAGACCCGCCCGUUUUCUCAACGCCACUCACGUCCCCCAGGGCGGACUAGACACCACUGCUGGAAUACGACCCGUCUACCACAGACUGGACAUCGUCUCCACGUCUCGGCGUCGUCCCCACCACGACUGGGGAACACCACAAUGGAGGUACAGUUAGUCGGCGACCCGACCCAAUAAGUCCGGACAUCUUCGACGGACGAACCACCAUAACAGUCACGGGGAAUUAACGUACCAAACUGUAGCAGUACCGCGACUGCUGGUUUGGCGGGGGAGUAUGACGCGGACCCGUGCGUCAGCCGCUACCGAAACGGCAGUCGCCGACCGUGUCCUUAUCUCUCUUAUCAACCACCACUCCGUGGCACGCAACGCCGCAGCGACCCCCGUCCACCCAUCCAUCACCGGACAGGGGACGCCAGCGGUCGCUACGACGUCCGACAGGUACCACCACAUAACCGGGCUGUUUUCCGAGAUCGUGUACGGAGACACAUCGCACAUUUUUACCCAUUGGUUUUUUUUUUUCUUUUCUUGUGUUAGAAUAAUUGUGACCGCCGACAUUAAUACACAAAUUAAUAUCCAUUCUUUUUUGUUGUGUUAUCAUGCAAUAUAUUAUUAUUAUUAUUAUUACUAUCAUUUUUCUAUUGUUUUUUUUUCCUUUUGCACAAUAUUAUUUUAAUAUAAAACUUCACAACACCCGCGACCCGUGCGCACACCACAAACAACUUGUGUGCCGUGUCAAAAUUUCAGGCUAAGACAUUGUAUCCAGAAAUUCUGGUGCUAGUAGUUCAGUGCAACCAAUCAAUUGAUUCUUCUACUGAACGAUGUAUAAAAGUAAUAUUCUUUUAAGUUUUUUCUUUUAUUUUGUUUAUAAUUAUUGUUUAUAAUAUAGGUAACAGAUGUAGGAUUAAGUGUGGAAGGUGU